AUGGCUGACGGCACAGACGUGCCAAGCACGUCGGGCACACCUACCCCAGUGGCGCCGAGGGUAGUCGAAUAUGAUCCUAUUACCGGAGUUCCAUCCGAAUUCAAUGAGUUUUUGCCACCGGAUUGCCCAGAGUACAAGAAAUGGAAGUCGGCGCAGGAGGGCGGAGAGUCGCUUGAGAAGCUUACACUAAAAGACAAAGCCGGCGCAGACGUAGAAAAGCUGCCUGGUGGCAAAGUUAAGAAGAAGACCAAGCCACAGGUAGUCCUCAGCGUGGCACAACGCCAGAAGAACAAGAGCACCACGACGGUGGCGGGCCUGGAGCAGUUCGGCGUAAAGCUCUCAGAAGCGGGCAAGCUGUUUGGCAAAAAAUUUGCCUGCGGUGCGUCAGUUGUGAAGACGGCAUCGGGAGGAGAACAAAUAGAGAUGCAGGGAGACUUUUUGCACCAGAUCCCUGAACUCUUGCUGAAGAACUACAAGAACAUUACGAAGGACGACAUCUUCUACGUCGAUGCCGCCGACGGUAAAAAGAAAAAGAACUAUUUCGCUGAUGGGGACGAUGACGGCGACGAUGACAGCUGAAGCAGCACGUUCGCGUGUGCCGCUCACAAUGUUUUGGGUCCGUGGCAAGCCGUGCUUAGUUGCUGUAUGGCGUGUUCAGCAAGGAUUAUUGCCGACAGAGAGGCCAAGAGCAAUGCCAUACGGCGAGUGCGCAGAGCCUUUUAGAGCCUCUAGCUUCGGUGUUUGCUUGAAGCAGUUGCAAGGGCUUUGCAUCGUAGGGACCCUUUGUCUCGUGUUUCAUUGGCAACAGUGGUCCCUUUUGAUUAAGCCACCUUCUUCCUGGAUUCGGUACGGUUGUUACGCCUACAGGCAUACCUCCAAAACAGAGGUUUUGCCCUGCAAGUCUGUAAUGUACGGCAUUGGCA